GGCUACAAACCUCCUAUUCAACUGUUAGAAUCUUAACUUUACCACGAAGCUGUGAAGAAAAAGUAUGAAUGGACCUCUAACUCAGUAUUAUUUUCACAAAACAAACAAAAAGAAAAAGCGAAAAACUAAGAAAAGCCACUGUAGGAAAUACGAACACUUAAACCUGGGAAACAGCGUUUUCAAUCUGUUCGUGGCCACAUGGUGGCGCUGCAGGCUAAAGAGAGACACAAGGAAAAUUAACUGAGACUGCACCAGGAGUCACUAACCAAUAAAGGAAAAUCCUGACCGCUGGGAGAAAAGCCGAGGCUCCUCAAGACUGAGAAAGGAAAAAAUAACCUCGAUCCUUCCAGUUAAGUGGAACAUCUGAGGUUUAUGACUGCUGGGAGCCGUGGCUGGGACCUGUAGUGAGGAAACAAUGGCAGCCAGAAGGUCAUGCUUCCCCAGACAAAGGCAAGUGCUAUUUCUCUUUCUGUUCGGGGGACUGUGUUUGGCAGGUUCUGAGUUUGGACGUUAUUCAGUAGCCGAGGAAACAGAAAGGGGAUCAUUUGUGGCAAAUCUGGCAAAGGACCUGGGGCUAGGGGUGGAAGCACUGGCUGCAAAGAGAACCAGGGUGAUUUCUGAUGAUAACAAACAGCAUUUGCUCCUGGAUUUUCACACCGGAGACUUGCUCACAAAUGAAAAACUGGACCGGGAGAAGCUGUGUGGCUCCACAGAACCCUGCAUACUGUAUUUCCAAAUUUUAAUGGAUAACCCCUUUCAGAUUCACCGGGCUGAGCUGAGAAUCAUGGAUAUAAAUGAUCACUCACCUGCAUUCCAGGACAAAGAGAUGAUUUUAAAAAUACCAGAAAGCACAGCUGUAGGAGCAGCAUUUCGCUUAGAAAGAGCCCUAGACUCAGAUGGAGGACGCAAUGGCAUCCAAAACUACACCAUCAGCCCCAACCCUUUUUUUCAUAUUACAGUUCAUGACAAUGAUGAAGGGGUGAUAUAUCCAGAGCUGGUGCUAGACAAACCUCUAGACUGGGAGGAGGAGCGGGAGUUCAGUUUAACACUCACAGCAUUUGAUGGCGGGUCUCCGCCCAGGUCUGGAACAGCCACUAUACAUAUUCUGGUCAUGGACAUCAAUGAUAAUGCCCCACAGUUUUCCCAGGAACUUUAUCAAACCCAGGCACCAGAAAAUAGCCCAGUAGGACUUCCUGUUGUUACUGUCUCUGCAGAAGAUGUAGACUCAGGAGUCUAUGCAGAAGUAACCUAUUCUUUUUUUGAUGCUUCCGAAGAUAUUCGAGCAACCUUUCAAAUCAACCCUUUCUCUGGGGUAAUCAUGCUCAAAGCCUUGCUUGAUUAUGAGUUGGUAAAGUCCUACAAGUUAAAUAUACAGGCAGUUGAUGGCGGGGGCCUUUCUGCUAGAUGUACGGUUAUAGUUCAUGUUUUAGACAUCAAUGACAACCCCCCUGAACUGAUCAUAUCAUCGCUUGUCAACGAAGUUGUUGAGAACUCUCCCGAAACUGUGCUGGCAGUUUUUAGGAUUAAUGACAGAGACUCCGGAGAAAAUGGAAAGACGGUUUGCUACAUUCAAGAAAAUCUGCCUUUCUUUCUAAGACCCUCUGUAGACAAUUUUUACAUCCUAAUGACAGAAGGAGCUCUGGACAGAGAAAGCAGAGCUGAGUACAACAUCACCAUCACAGUCACCGAUAUGGGCACACCCAGGCUCACAACCCAGCACACCAUAACAGUGCAGGUCUCAGAUGUCAACGACAAUCCCCCUGCCUUCACACAAACCUCCUACACCCUGUUCGUCCAAGAGAACAACAGCCCCGCCCUGCACAUAGGCACCAUCAGGGCCACAGACUCAGACUCAGGCUCCAAUGCCCACAUCACCUACUCCCUGCUGCCCACCCAAGACCCGCAGCUGGCCCUAGACUCGCUUAUCUCCAUCAAUGCCGACAACGGGCAGCUGUUCGCGCUCAGGGCGCUGGACUAUGAGGCCCUGCAAACCUUCGAGUUCCAGGUGGGCGCCACAGACCACGGCUCUCCUGCACUCAGCAGCCAGGCGCUGGUGCGUGUGCUGGUGCUGGACGCCAACGACAAUGCACCCUUUGUGCUCUACCCGCUGCAGAACGCCUCUGCACCCUGCACAGAGCUGCUGCCCAGGGCGGCAGAGCCAGGCUACCUGGUCACCAAGGUGGUGGCAGUGGAUCGCGACUCUGGACAGAACGCCUGGCUGUCCUUCCAGCUGCUCAAGGCCACAGAGCCCGGGAUGUUCAGCGUGUGGGCUCACAAUGGCGAGGUGCGCACCUCCAGGCUGCUGAGUGAGCGAGAUGCUCCCAAGCACAGGCUGCUGCUGCUGGUCAAGGACAAUGGAGAUCCUCCAAGGUCUGCCAGUGUCACUCUGCAUGUGCUGCUGGUGGAUGGCUUCUCUCAGCCCUACCUGCCUCUGCCAGAGGUGGCUCACGAUGUAGCGCGGGACGAGGAUGCGCUCACUCUGUACCUGGUCAUUGCCUUGGCUUCUGUGUCUUCCAUCUUCCUCUUGUCUGUGCUGCUGUUUGUGGGGGUGAGGCUGUGCAGGAAGGCCAGGGCGGCCUCUCUGGGUGGCUGUUCUGUGCCUGAGGGACACUUUCCUGGCCACCUGGUAGAUGUCAGCGGCAUGGGCACCCUGUCCCAGAGCUACCAGUAUGAGGUGUGUCUGAUGGGAGACUCUUCUGAUACCAGUGAUUUCAAGUUCUUGAAACCAAUUUACCCUGAUGUUCAUGCUCAGAGUUUCCAGAGCAAUGGUGAUGAAAAGCCCACAUUUUGAAGUCUCCAAUUCUGAGUAAUGUUUCGUUCCAUUUAAUGUAUGAUACAGCCAUGUGAAUAUUAGUUUAGUCAUGCAGUAGUUGCUACAACACAACUUCAUUUUCAGCUUCCAAGUAGGUCACAUUUAAAUUUUUACAAUGUUUUUACAUUAGUGAUUUUUUUGUAGUAGAGUAUGUACCACUUUAAAUCUGAGGUUUUAAUUCUUUCUUACUGCACAAUAAUUUGUUGUCUUUUCUUAUUACAGAAAAUUGAGAUUAGGGUUUCUUUUGUUGUUGUUGUUGUUUUCUUUUGUGGCUAAUAAUUAACCACAAGCCUUUCGCAUGCUAAGCAAGCACUCUACCAUUGAGUUCUAUCUCUAGCCAGUCACUUUUUUAAAGUAUAGUAUUUUAACUUUAUUUGACUUCGUUCUUUGACAAUUUCACACAUCUAUGUCAUGCAUUUUGUUUCUUAUGACCUCUGGCUCCACCUCCCUGCAUCCCUUGUUACUUCCCUUACUCCCUUACAAGACCCUUCCCAUGUUUAUGAGUUUGAGUAUUCUGAUAAUUCUUGUGUUCACAUACUAAUUACUGGGUUUCAGCAAGACUUCUGCAAACGUGUCAUUCAUUUUGGUCUCAUUCAUUCCUAACCUCUGCUGUUCCCCUGGAUCCCCUCCCUUUUCCUGCAAGUCCCCCAUUCUGCUUUCUUAUCCCAGUGAUUUCAUUAUCCUUUCUUUCUCACCCCCCACAAGAGCAAGAGCUCUUUCUGAUGUUCAUUCUUGCUGACAUAUAAAACGGAUUGUGUCAUAUAAUGCAAACACAAUGUAAUAGUCUGCAUGAAAAUCAACAUAAAUUUGAACACAUUUAAAUUUUUGUGUGACAACACUGAUGGACUGUUGGAAAGAUGCUUUUCAUUUUAUAUUGAAACUUAAUUGUCAAAUUUAGAAACUGAGACAAAUUAAAGGUUGUAGAGAAAAUAAUUUUUAUCUCCACUUCCUUUAAACACAGUUGUUCUUCAAAUUUGAUCUACUUCCAAGAGAUGCGUUUUGACUGCUUUAUCUUGAUAGUCAACUUUCAUGUGUUAACCACUCAUUGCAAAAGGAUUUACAGUUCUUAUUUCCCAUUUUAGGCACACACACAAAAGCUGUACAUUUCCCUUCUAGUUUCCUGGUAGAUGUGUCAGAAAAUAUUGUCAGUUUUAUUUCUUGUGGGUUUCUAGGGAUCAAACCCAAGGCCUCCUAGAUGAGUGCCAUCCCUGAAAUGAAACUAAUAUUAAUGUCCACCUACCUAUGUACUAUCUUAGUAUAGUACAGUAUGAUGACAUUUCUUUUUUGGAAGAUAUCUUCCCCAGAGCUGAUAGCUGCUGUUUUAGAUCUGGCUAAAGUUCUAUUUUGUGCUAGAGAUUUUUCUGCCCCUCUCUUUCCACGCUAAGUGAGCAAGCAAAGCAGUGGGUUACCAUGAGCUGUACCUUCCAUUCUUUCUACUGAUUUUCACAUCAUAGUCCUCUUGAAUAUUAACAUUUUUGCCUUCAAAUAUUCAAAUAUCAGAUACAAAUUGUGUUUGUUUCCUAGAGAUCUUUUAUUCAUACCUCUUCUUCGUUUAGACUGUUUACCCUAUGGCUGUCAUGCUUUUAAUACUUUCCCCACACUGCCCACCUUUUAUAGAACCCGAUAUCAUUUCUGUAUUUACUUUCUUACUUGGUUGGAACCCAAUUUCAUUAAAAUAGAUGCAGAGAUAGUUUUUUAAAAAACCAACUUUUGAUACUUUACAUAAGUAAAGCAAUCUUUUUGUUUGAUUGAUAGUUUGACUGGGUAUAAAAGUAUAAUUUGAAAAUUUCUCUCUCAUACUUAAAAAGGUACUUUUCUUUUUCUUAAUUGUGUAGACUCACCUUUCACAAUGACAAUUCCAUUCUAAACUGCAUCCCAUUUUCUGCAAUAUUUUCCCAUUCAUUCUGGAAGCAAUGGAAAACUUAACCACAAUAGUCUGAAAAUACCAUAGCUGGGACUAUUUCUUUGAUAACCUUUUCACAAGGAUAUACCCUGUCAAUGUUCAGACUAUCAGUUCAGAGAAAAUUUUCAUUUUAUUUUGCCAUAAUUUCUCUUCUGUAUUUUCUAAAAAAUUUGAUUAACUA